AUGUGGGAGCGCGCCGUCCCAGAGGAGGACAAGCACAAUCAGAAGCGAAAGCGAAUGCCGGCGACGCCGCCCGUGCCCGAAGAGGCCCUCGUCCUCGAGCUCGGCGCCACGCUCGAAGAGCUUCAGGCUGCCGCCGCCGCCGAGCAAGAGGACGGCGCUGACGCCAUGGGUGUGGCGCUUGCGGCGGCGAACGAGGCGGAUGCACAGGUGCUGCUGGCCGAGGAGGCGGUGGAGCGGGCGCUGGACGAGCUGGCAAAGGCGACGGACGAGGCGGCGACCCUGCGGGCCGAGGCGGAGCGCGUGGCCGGCAAGAUGAUUGCGAGUGCGGCCGCGCACGCGGCGGCGGCGGCGGCGAUCACUGUCUCGGUCGGCGACGACCCCCACCCCGGGUUCCGCGCCAAAUACGGCGCGCAGGCGCCGGAGAGGGAGGGGAAGAACCGCGCCGUCCCUCAGAGUGCCGCCAACCGGACCCCCAAAGCAGCGACGCCUCGCCACGGCUCGUGGGACAAGAUCCAGAGCCCGACAACGGGAAAGGCGCAGACGCGGAGCCGCAGCGGCGGGGCCGGCCGACCCGAGCAGCCGAUCCGAGCAGCCAAGGCGGGGGGCCGUGUCUUCGGGCGGGCUGGCGGGAGGGCCUGCGCGCACGCGCACGGGCAAGCCUCGGCAGGGCGCACGCCGGCGCAAGCGUCCCCCGGCGGCAAGAAGCCCGAGGUGGUUGGGCUUGGGCCGGCAUCGACGGUGGUCCGGGCGGCGGCCAAAGCGGCGGCCAGGGCGGGUGGGCGGCGGCCGGGGCGGCGGCCGGGCGCUCAGGGCGGCUCGCAGGGGCAGGGCGGCAGCGGGCUGCAGGAGGGGGACGGCGUCCAACACCGGUGA